AUGGGUGUUCCAUCGGGGGUUAGGUGUAGCAGGUUGGCUGCAGCAACUGCAGCAGCCUUAAAACGAGCAACAACAACAGCAGCAACAGCAGCAGCAGCAGCAGCAACGAUGCUGCUGCUGCUGCUGCCUCUUGCAGCAAUGGCUCAGGGACCUGAGGGACUCGCUAUCUCUGGUGGUAGCUGGGCUCCUUCUUCUGCUUCUUCAUCUCUGUCUUUGUCGCCUUCGUCUUUUUCUUUUGCUGCUGCUCCUUCUGCUUAUCUUGUGGCGCCCUCUCUGUCUUUUGCUGCUUCUUCUUCUUAUACUAAUGCUGCUCCUACAGCGCAGCAGCCUCAGGAGUCUGCUGCAGCAGCAACACCUGCAGAAACAACUAUCUUACCUUCUUCUUUGGGCUACUUCACCACAGGGAUGCACACUCGAGCAACACCAGGGUCUCUUGUUAUCUCCUCAAUCCCUGCUGCUGCUGCUCCUGCUGCUGCUCCUGCUGCUGCUGUUGCUGCUCCUGCUGCGCUUUCACGCCUAUCCCCAACUGUCUCCCCAUACACCCCAACUGUCUCCUCUUAUACUCCAGCUGUCUCUUCCUUCUCAUCUCUUUCGCCUGCAGCAACACCCUUCUCGCUCUACACUACAGAUCCUAUCAGCAUAGACAGCAGCAGAAGCACCAGCAGCAGCAGCAGCAGCAGCAGCAGCAGUUUGGGCUUCUCUUACGGGCUACAUACACCCGGAAGUAUAUCUUCAACCCCGUCUGCUUAUGUGUCUCCUUCAUACACUCCAUUUGCCUCGAGCUAUUAUUCAGCUGCCCCAGACUACAGCAGCAGCAGCAGCAGCAGCAGCAGCGGCGACAGCAUGUACUAUGGGCCAUCCUCUCUUGCUGCUGAAGUAAUAGGGUCUUAUGCGCUGCACCCCACAGCAGCAGCAACACCUGCAGCAAUAACUGUAACAGCACCAGUGAUGCUCCCUGUAGCAGCAACAGCAGCAGCAGCACCAGUAGUGCCUGCAGCAGCAACAGCAACAGCAGCAACAGUGCCAGCAGCAGCAACAGUAGCAGCAACCCCAGCAGCACCAGCAACUACAGCAUCUACUGCAACUGCGGUAACUCCAGCAGCAACAGCAGCAACAGCAGCAGCAACAGCAGCAGCAACCCCAGCAGCAGCAACAGCAACAACACAAGCAGAGGCUCCCGCUAGCAGGCCAGGAGAGACAUCCACCACCAGCAGCGGUGAACUGCAGCAGCAGCAGCAGCAGCAGCAGACAGAAGCUCCAACAGCUGCAGCAACAACUACAUUUGAGGUAACUCCAGCAGCAGCAGCAGCAGAUGCAGCAACAACAACCGCAGCAGCAGCAGAGACCCCUGAAGGUGCAGCAGUUACUGCAGCGCCGGAUUCUCUCGCAGCAACAGCCGUGGAAACAGCAACAGAUGCAGCAGCAGAACCACAACCAGGAGCAGCAGCAGCAGCAGCAGCUGAAGAUACUCUGCAGCAACUGACGGAGACCUGGGCAGUUCCUGCUGCUCCCCCGACAUCUCAGAGUGCAGCAGUAGCUGCCGCAGUUGCUGCUGCUGAAGCCGCAGCAGCAGCAGCAGCAAAGGCAGCACGCGAAGCUGCAGCAGCAGAAGCAGAGGCAGCAGCAAAAGCUGCUGCUGCAAUGGCUGCUCUAGAGGAGGCCCUGAGGGUCUCUCCCACUCAGCCUAUAGCUUCUGCUGCAGAUGCAACUGCAGCAGUAGCAGCAGCAGCAGCAGCAGUAGCAGAAACAGCUGCUGCAGCAACGACAGACGCAGUGGUAGUCUUACCCGCAACAGCAGAAGAAGAAGAUCCAGCAGCAGCAGCAGCAGCAGCAGCAGAGACAGAAUCCCUAGCAGCAACUCCUUCUUCUGAAAGCCCUGAAGAGGAGACAGACGCAGCAGCAAACAACCCGCAGACAGUCAUGCAGACAGCAGCAGAAGCAGCAGCAGCAGCAGAAGCAGAAGCAGCAGCAGCAGCAGCAUACUUCCUUCCAGCAGCAGCAGAGGCGAUGGAGACCGUCCCUAAAGAGACACAAGAGGAGACAGAAGCAUCAGCAACACACACUGGUGGGGAAGAGACACAGCAGCAGCCUCAGCAGCAACAGCAAACUGAAGAGCAGCAGCAGCAGCAGGAGACACAAGAGCAGCAGCAGCAGCAACAGCCGCAGGACCAGCAGCAGCAGCAGCAAGCUCUGGAGGCCCUUCGCAUGCGUGCACAAGCAGCAAGUGCUGAGCAGGCAGCAACACAGACAGCAGCAACAACAGCAACAGAAACAGCAACAGCAGAAGAGGAGACAGCUGAGCUGCUGACGCAGACCGAAGCAGCAGCAGCAAUUGCUGAGGCCCAAGCAGCAGCCGAAGCAGCAUCCCAGGAGGAGCAGCAGGGCGAAGACCAGCAGCAGCAGCAGCAGCAGCAGGAGCAGGAGCUGCUGCUAGAAAGCGCUGUUGCUGCUGCAUAUGAAGCCUCAGGAGCGCUUCCAGCUGUCUCCGUUCAAGCAGAGACAGAAGGGACGACUGACACGAGUAUAUCUGAGAUUCUAGAAGCAGCAGCGGGUUCUGCUGCAGCAGAAGACAACCCUUCUGCUGCUGCAGCAGCAGAAGACACUGCAGCAGCAGCAGCUGCUGCAGCAGCAACAGCAGAGAACGGCAUGCUGCCUGCUGCAGACUUCGAGAUGUCUCCUCUGAUGCCCGUAAUCGAAGAGCUGCUGCAGUUCAACGCGCAGCUUAAUCUAGAUACAAGAGCAGCAGCAGCAGCAGCAGCAGCAGAAGAGGAAGAAUCAGAGAACCCAGAAGCAGCAGAAGCAGCAGAAGCAGCAGAGGCAGCAGCAACAACAGACGCAGAUGCAACAGCAGCAGCAGCAGCAGCAACAGCAGCAGCAGCAGAUGUGCAGCUUCCCCUGGGGCAAGACCUAAGAGAAGACAGCCCCUUAGAGGCCCUCUAUGAGGGUUUGGUUGCAUAUGCUUCGCAUGAGCAGCAGGAAGAGCAGCAGCAGCAGCAGCAGCAGCAGGAAGAGCAGCAGCAACAGCAGCAAGGACAGCAAGAGGAACCCCAUGGCUUUGCUGACCAGACCGAACAGCAGCAGCAGCAGCAGCAACAGCAGCAGUAUGUUCAAUCUGAAGAAGCAGAAGGCGAAGAACAGCAGCAGCCCCACCGUCGCCAGCAGCAGCAGCAGGAGUCUAUGGGAGUACCCCAGACUCCGCAGCAGCAGCAGCAGCAGCAGCAGCAGCAGCAGCAGCAGCAGCAGCAAAUGGCUGUUCCUGCCCCACCUAGUGAAAUAGUUAUUCGGUUUCCUACAGGAACCGCAACUGCUGCUGCUCUUGCAGAGACAUUCAGCAGACUUGCAGCAGCUCUAGGCUUUGAUCAUCUUGGUGCUGCACCCCCUGCUGCUGCUGCACCUGCUGCUGCUCCUGCUGCUGCUGCUCCUGCUGCUGCUCCUGUUCCUGCUGCUCCUGCAGCAGCAACUAGCUUCCAGCAGGUGUACGAAACAGAAGUGCAGCAGGCAGAGACUGAAGACCAGCAGCAGCAGCAGCAGCAGCUGCGCGAACAAUACGCCGCUGCUGAAGAUCAGCCGCAGCAGCAGGCCGAGCAGCAGCAGCAGCCAAUGAACUAUGAAGAAGAGCAGCAGGAGCAGCCUGUGCAAUAUUCAACUGACCCGCAGCAACAGCCUGAGCAGCAGCAGCAGCAGCCUAUGGAGUAUGAGGCAGAGCAGCAGCAGCAGCAGCCUAUGCAGUACGAGGCAGAGCAGCAGCAGCAGCAGCCUAUGCAGUACGAGGCAGAGCAGCAGCAGCCUAUGCAGUAUGUGGCAGAGCAGCAGCAGCAGCCUAUUCAGUAUGAGGAGGAGCAGCAGCAGCAGCAAGCUAUGACCUAUGAGGAAGAGCAGCAGCAGCAGCAGCAGCAGCCUAUGCCCUAUGAGGAAGAGCAGCAGCAGCAGCCUAUGCACUAUGAGGAGGAGCAGCAGCCCCAGCAGCAGCAGCAACCCCAGCAGCAGCAACAGCCCCAGCAGCAGCAACAGCCUAUGAACUAUGGGGAAGAGCAGCAGCAGCCACAGCAGCAGCAGCAGCAGCCACAGCAGCCUAUGCACUAUGAGGAAGAGCAGCAGCAGCAGCAGCAGCCUAUCCACUAUGAGGAGGAGGAGCAGCUGCCGCAGCAGCAGCAGCAGCAGCAGCCUAUGCAGUACGAGGAAGAGCAGCAGCAGCAGCCUAUCCACUAUCGGACAGAGCAGCAGCAGCAGCCUAUGCACUUUGAGGCAGAGCAGCAGCAGCAGCAGCAGCCUAUGCACUUUGAGUCAGAGCAGCAGCAGCAGCCUAUGCACUAUGUAGAAGAGCAAGAGCAUGAGCAGCAGCAGCAGCAGCAGCAGCAGCAGCAGCAGCAGCAGCAGCCAAUGCAUUAUGAAGAAGAGCAGGAGGAGCAGCAGGAGCAGCAGCACAGUGCAGAGCAGCAGCAGCAGCAAUAUGAAGCGCAGCAGCCGCAGCAGCAAUACGAAGAGCAGCAGCAGCAGGAGCAGCAAGAGGAGGAAGUGUAUUAUGAAGAAGAGCAAGAGAUCGAGCAGCAGCAGAACGAGCAGCAGCAGCCAAUGGAGUACAUGCAGCAUUAUGCAGCAGAUCAGCACGAGCAGCAAUACGACGAAGAACAGCAGCAGCAGCAGCAGCAGGUGCAACAACAGAUUGAGCAGCAGCUGCAGCAGCAGCUGCAGCAGCAGCUGCAGCAACAGCAGCAGGCGUACAAUGAGUACGCAGCAGCUCAGUUGGAGCAGCAGGAAGAAGCGUACGCCCAGUUCAUGGAAGCUGAACAGCAGCAGCAGCAGCAGCAGCCGCAGCAGCAGCAGCAGCAGCAGCAGCAGCAGCAGAGGCGGCGGCAGCAGCAGAUGAUGAUGCAGCGGCUGCAGCAAAUGAAACAGCAGGUGCUGCUGGAUGAGAGGCUGACUGGCGUCCUUGAAGUGCCCCGUAUGGAGUCUUACACAACGCAGCAGCAGCAGCAGCAAGAGCAGCAGCAGCAGCAGCG